AUGGCAAGCUGUGCCGCCAAGCCCAAAUGCCUUCGUCACCACUGCCAUGCCGGCGACCCAACUGAACCCCUGGAAAUCCACUUCCGUCUGCCAACCUUGCUCCGCGGGGAACUUCCAGACGAGGACUGCCCUUGUUCGGAAGCCUCUCCCGUCGUUUGGUCCGACCGAGGCCCCGGCCCCUUCAUUCCACCGGCUAUCGGUGUCUGCACCUCGCUCCGCGCGAGCCAUCACCCCAUCAUGAGCAGCCGAUCCGUAUCCACCGGCGCUUCCACGCCCCUCGAGGCGCAGGGCGCCACCUCGCCUACCCCCCACAGCGCCGUCGACAUGCCUGCCGAUGACGAGCGCGGCGUCAACGUCGAGCGUGCCAAGUCCGAGUUUGCCAUGCUCGAGACCUCGCUUAGCAGACAGUCGCACGCCUUUGGCCGCCAGCAGUCCAACAAGCCCAAGGACGUCGAGAGCGACGCUGCCCACGCCGAUGACGACGACGACUUUGACCUGGUGCAGUACCUCCGCUCCACCCAGUCCGAGAACUCCAAAGCCGGCAUCAAGAGCAAGCACGUCGGCGUCUCGUGGACCAACGUCGAGGUGCUCGGCAACGACUCGAUGGCUCUCAAUAUCCGCACCUUCCCGGACGCCGUCACCGGCACCUUCCUCGGCCCCAUCUUCAAGAUCAUGGCCGCCCUCAACAAGAACCGCGGCCGUAAGCUCCUCCAGAACUUCAACGGCUUCGCCAAGCCUGGUGAGAUGGUGCUCGUCGUCGGACGCCCCGGCUCGGGCUGCUCCACCUUCCUCAAGACCAUCGCCAACCAGCGCGGCGGCUACAUCGCCGUCAACGGCGACGUGAGCUACGGCGGCAUCAGCGCCCAAGAAUUCGGCAAAAAGUACAAGAGCGAAGCCGUCUACAACGAGGAGGACGACUUCCACUUUGCCACGCUCACCGUCAAGCAGACGCUCGAGUUUGCUCUCAACCUCAAGAGCCCCGGCAAGCGUCUCCCCCACCAGACUGUCAAGUCGCUCAACAAGGAGGUGCUCGACACCUUCCUCAAGAUGCUCGGCAUCCCGCACACUGCAAACACCCUCGUCGGCUCCGCCACCGUUCGUGGUGUCUCGGGUGGUGAGCGCAAGCGUGUCAGUAUCGCCGAGUGCAUGGCCUCGCGUGCGGCCGUGCUCAGCUGGGACAACGCCACGCGUGGUCUCGACGCCUCGACGGCGCUCGACUACGCCAAGUGCAUGCGCGUCUUCACCGACGUCGUCGGCCUCACCACUUUUGUCACGCUCUACCAGCCCGGUGAGGGUAUCUGGGAGCAGUUCGACAAGGUCAUGGUCAUCGACCAGGGUCGCUGCGUCUACUUUGGCCCUCGCGACAAGGCGCGCGCCUACUUCCUCGACCUCGGCUUCAAGGACUACCCGCGUCAGACCUCGGCCGACUUCCUCUCGGGAUGCACCGACCCCAACCUCGACCGCUUCCCCGAGGGCAAGACCGCCGACGACGUUCCUUCGACGCCCGAGCGUCUCGAGCAGGCCUUCCAGAACUCGCAGAUCUACCGCGACUUGAUGCAGCAGAAGCAGGAGUACGACGCACAGCUUCAGGCUGACAACAACGCAGAAAAGGAGUUCCGAGAGGCCGUGCUGGAAGACAAGCACCGCGGCGUCCGCCCCAAGAGCGUCUACACCGUCAGCUUCGCCCGCCAGGUCCAGGUGCUCACCAAGCGUCAGAUGCAGAUGAUCCUCGGUAACCGCCUCGACAUCUUUGUCUCGUUUGCCACCACCAUCGCCAUCGCCCUCAUCGUGGGUGGUGUCUUCCUCAACCUCCCCGAGACGGCCGCAGGCGCCUUCACUCGCGGCGGUGUCCUCUUCAUCGGUCUCCUCUUCAACGCGCUCACCGCCUUCAACGAGCUUCCCACCCAGAUGGGCGGCCGCCCGGUGCUGUACAAGCAGAUGAACUACGCCUUCUACCGCCCCUCGGCGCUCAGCCUGGCGCAGCUCUUCGCCGACAUCCCGCUGUCGAUCUCCAAGAUCAUUCUCUUCUCCAUCAUCCUCUACUUUAUGGCUGGACUCGAGCGCACGGCGGGCGCCUUCUUCACGUUCUUCAUCUUUGUCUACGUCGGCUACCUCGCCAUGUCGGCGCUCUUCCGACUGUUCGGUACCGUCUGCAGGUCGUACGACACGGCAGCGCGUCUGGCCGCCGUCAUCAUCUCGGCGCUCGUCGUGUUCGCCGGCUACGUGAUCCCGCGCAACGCCAUGUACCGCUGGCUCUUCUGGAUCUCGUACAUCAACCCGCUCUACUUUGCCUUUUCGGGUGUCAUGAUGAACGAGUUCAAGGACCUCAGCCUCGCAUGCGUCGGCACGUACAUUGUGCCGCGCAACCCGCCCGGAUCCAACGCGUAUCCCAACGACGUCGGCGCCAACCAGGUCUGCACUCUCCCCGGUGCACAGCCUGGCAACCAGUUUGUUGCCGGCAACGACUACCUGCGCGCCAGCUUCGGCUACGACUCGAGCGAUCUCUGGCUCUACUUUGGUGUGGUCGUCAUCUUCUUCGUCGGCCUGGUGGCCGUCACGAUGAUCGCCAUCGAGGUGUUCUCGCACGGUUCCUUCUCGAGCGCUCUGACCAUUGUCAAGAAGCCCAACAAGGAGGAGCAGAAGCUCAACCAGCGUCUCAAGGAGCGCGCCUCGAUGAAGGAGAAGGAUGCCAGCAAGCAGCUCGACGUCGAGUCGCAGCCGUUCACCUGGGAGAAGAUCCGCUACACGGUGCCCGUCAAGGGCGGCAAGCUGCAGCUUCUGGACGACGUUUACGGCUACUGCCGCCCUGGUACCCUGACGGCGCUCAUGGGUGCUUCGGGUGCUGGUAAGACGACUCUGCUCGAUGUGCUUGCGGACCGCAAGUCGAUCGGUGUCAUCAGCGGCGAGCGUCUGAUCGGCGGCAAGAAGAUCGGCAUCGACUUCCAGCGUGGAUGCGGUUACGCCGAGCAGCAGGACAUCCACGAGGGCACGUCGACGGUGCGCGAGGCUCUGCGCUUCAGUGCGUACCUGCGCCAGCCGCAGCACGUGCCCAAGGAGGACAAGGAUGCGUACGUCGAGGACAUUAUCGAGCUGCUCGAGAUGCAGGAGAUUGCGGAUGCCAUGAUCGGUGUUCCCGAGUUUGGCCUCGGCGUCGGCGACCGCAAGCGUGUGACGAUCGGUGUCGAACUUGCUGCGCGCCCGGACCUGCUGCUCUUCCUCGACGAGCCCACUUCGGGUCUGGACGGUCAGACGGCGUACAACGUGGUGCGCUUCCUCAAGAAGCUCUCUGCGUCCGGUCAGGCGAUCCUGUGCACGAUCCACCAGCCCAACGCGCUGCUCUUCGAGCAGUUCGACCGCCUGCUCCUGCUCGAGCGCGGAGGCAAGACGGUCUACUUUGGCCCCAUCGGACCCAACGCGACGCACAUUGUCGACUACUUUGCCGAGCGCGGAGCCAAGUGCCCCGAAAAGGUCAACAUGGCCGAGUACAUGCUCGACGCCAUGGGAGCCGGAUCGAUGAAGCGCGUGGGCAACAAGCCGUGGUCGCAGCUGUACCUCGAGUCGGAGCUCUUCCAGGAGAACCUGGCUGAGAUCGAGAAGAUCAAGCAGGAGACCAACGCUUCCACCAAGGCCAACGAGGACGAAGGCAACAAGAAGAAGCAGACCGAGUUCGCCACCUCGUUCGGCACGCAGGUCAAGGUGGUUCUCAAGCGCUCGCUGCUCAGCACGUGGCGCCAGCCCGACUACCAGUUUACGCGCCUCUUCCAGCACGCCGCCAUCUCGCUCAUCACGGGUCUUUGCUUCCUCAACCUCAGCAACUCGGUCGCCUCGCUGCAGUACCGUGUGUUUGGUAUCUUCAUGGGUACGGUGCUGCCGGCGAUCAUCCUGGCGCAGAUCGAGCCGUUCUUCAUCAUGGCACGCUCGGUGUUCAUCCGCGAAGACUCGAGCAAGAUGUACAGCGGCUCGGUGUUUGCGAUCACGCAGCUGAUCCAGGAGGUGCCGUUCAGCAUUGCGUCUUCGGUGGUGUACUUCCUGCUCUUCUACUACCCGACGGGCUUCCAGACGGGCUCGGACCGCGCCGGCUACUUCUUCGCCAUGCUGCUCGUCACCGAGCUGUUCGCCGUGACGCUCGGCCAGGCGGUGGCUGCGAUCUCGCCGUCGGUCUACAUCGCGUCGCUCUUCAACCCGUUCCUGAUCAUCAUCAUGUCGCUGCUGUGCGGUGUCACGAUCCCCUACCCGAACCUGCCGCACUUCUUCAAGAGCUGGCUGUACUGGGUCAACCCGCUGACGUACCUCGUGUCGGGACUGAUAACCAACGAGAUGCACGAGCUGCCCAUCCGCUGUGGCGAGUCCGAGCUGGCUCGCUUCCAGCCGCCGUCGGGCCAGACGUGCACGCAGUGGGCCGGCACCUUCCUCAACGCCUUUGGCGGCUACCUCGAGAACCCGGAUGCGACGGCCGACUGCGGCUACUGCCAGUACUCGAGGGGCGACGACUUCUACGCUGGCCUCAACAUCAAGUUCUCCGAGCGCGGCCGCAACAUCGGCAUCGUCAUCGCCUUUGUCGCCUUCAACGCCAUCGCCACGAUCGUCGCUUCGCGCUACAUCAAGUACGCCAACCGCUAG